AAGUCCAACGCAAGUGGAGCUAGCAACACUUUUCCGGCGACAAAAGAAUGGCGAAUAUGGAGGAGAUCCGCCUUACUCAACGGGCUUCCGGUCCAGCCACCGUGUUGGCGAUCGGCACAGCCACGCCGCCUAAUUACAUCGAGCAGAGCACGUUUCCUGAUUACUACUUCCGCGUCACAAACAGUGAGCAUAAGGUCGACCUCAAAAACAAAUUCAAGCGUAUAUGCGAGAGUACGACGAUCAAGAAACGGUACAUGCACCUAACGGAAGACCACCUGAAACAAAACCCGAACAUCGCCACCUACGCUGAGCCGUCGCUUGAUGCACGGCAGGACAUGGUGGCGGCGGAGGUGCCGAAGCUGGGCCAACGAGCUGCUGAAAAAGCCAUAGCGGAAUGGGCCCAGCCCAAGUCCAACAUCACCCACCUCAUCUUCUGCACGAGCACCGUCUCCGUCGACAUGCCCGGCGCCGACUACGUCCUCUCCAACCUCCUCGGCCUCCGCCCCUCCGUCAUCCGCACCAUGCUGUGCCAGCACGGCUGCUACGGCGGCGCCUCCGCCCUCCGCCUCGCCAAGGACAUGGCCGAGAACAACGCCGGCGCUCGGGUUCUGAUCGUGUGCUGCGAGAUCACGGCCAUGCUCUUCCGCGGCCCCCACGAGGCCCAUCUCGGGGACCUCGUGGGGCAGGCGCUUUUUGGGGACGCCGCUGCGGCCGUGAUGGUCGGCUCCGAUCCGGUGGUCGGGGCCGGCGAGCGGGCGCUCUUCCAGGUGGUUUCCGGGGGUCAGAGGAGUGUCCCCGGAAGCGAGGGGAGGAUCAUGGGGCGCAUGCGGGAGGCCGGGCUGCUGGUGGAUCUGAUGAGGGAUAUCCCUGAGCUCGUCUCGGGUGGUAUUGGGGAGAUUUUGAAGGAGGCAUUUGGGCCGUAUGGGAUAUCGGAUUGGAAUGAGGUGUUUUGGAUUGCACAUCCUGGCGGGCCUGCGAUACUUAGUCGGAUGGAGAUGGGCUUAGGAUUAGGGCCCAAUAAAAUGAGGUGUUCGCGCCACGUGUUGAGUGAGUACGGGAAUGUGUCUAGUCCUUCCGUGCUGCUUGUAUUGGAUGCAAUGAGGAAGUUCUCGGCGGAGGAGGGGAGGAGCACCACCGCCGAGGGGCUCGAUUGGGGGGUGAUGUUCGGGUUCGGGCCGGGUCUCACAGUGGAAACGCUUGUGCUGCGUAGUAUGCCGAUUGCUUCAGCUUCAUCAUGAUAUAUUCUGUUGUGUGACUUUGGGUUUUAUUAUGUUAAAUAAAGCAUGAUUAGCAUUUAAAUUUGAGUGUUGUUGUAUUGUUAAUUUGUGAUUUGCGAGCGAAAUAAAUAUCCUGCUCUUGUUUUGUUGAAUUA